GGAAGCUUAUGCUGGUCGGGGUUUCGGGAAGCUUAUGCUGGUCGGCGUUCGGGAAGCUUAUGCUGGUCGGCGUUCGGGAAGCUUAUGCUGGUCGGGGUUUCGGGAAGCUUAUGCUGGUCGGCGUUCGGGAAGCUUAUGCUGGUCGGGGUUUCGGGAAGCUUAUGCUGGUCGGCGUUCGGGAAGCUUAUGCAACGGGAGAAAGGGAGAGUUUUACUUCACUGGUCGGGGUGUGGGAAGCUUAUGCUGGUCGGGGUUCGGGAAGCUUAUGCUGGUCGGGGUUCGGGAAGCUUAUGCUGGUCGGGGUUCGGGAAGCUUAUGCAACGGGAGAAAGGGAGAGUUUUCCUUCACUGGUCGGGGUGUGGGAAGCUUAUGCUGGUCGGGGUUCGGGAAGCUUAUGCUGGUCGGGGUUCGGGAAGCUUAUGCAACGGGAGAAAGGGAGAGUUUUACUUCACUGGUCGGGGUGUGGGAAGCUUAUGCUGGUCGGGGUUCGGGAAGCUUAUGCUGGUCGGCGUUCGGGAAGCUUAUGCAACGGGAGAAAGGGAGAGUUUUACUUCACUGGUCGGGGUUUCGGGAAGCUUAUGCUGGUCGGGGUUUCGGGAAGCUUAUGCUGGUCGGCGUUCGGGAAGCUUAUGCUGGUCGGGGUUCGGGAAGCUUAUGCAACGGGAGAAAGGGAGAGUUUUCCUUCACUGGUCGGGGUUCGGGAAGCUUAUGCAACGGGAGAAAGGGAGAGUUUUCCUUCACUGGUCGGGGUUCGGGAAGCUUAUGCAACGGGAGAAAGGGAGAGUUUUCCUUCACUGGUCGGGGUGUGGGAAGCUUAUGCUGGUCGGCGUUCGGGAAGCUUAUGCAACGGGAGAAAGGGAGAGUUUUCCUUCACUGGUCGGGGUGUAAAAUGACAGAAUGUGGGAUGUUUUGUGCAGGUAAAAUGACAGAAUGUGGGAUGUCUCUGCCUGGCCGGUUCCCCUUUUUCCACUGGGAUUCUCUGCCUCUAACCCUGUUACGGGGGCUGAGUCACUGGCUUGCUGGGGCUCUCUCGUGCCG